GUUAUUUUAGUUUAUUUAUAAAGUGCAAAAGUUUAUACACUUGCAUUAAAAUGUUAUUUAGUAAAAUAAGGCACCUGCAACUUCUUGGAGUCCGUUACAGAAGCUCCCACUACGUUACAACGCCAAUAUUCUACGUUAAUGCAGCUCCACACAUUGGCCAUCUCUACUCAGCGGUCAUAGCGGAUGCCCAUUGCCGGUACCAGCGACUGCGUUAUCCGGACACUGAAGUGCGCCUCUGCACCGGCACGGAUGAGCAUGGCACAAAGAUUCAACAGGCGGCAGCGGCGCACGAGGUGCCUGUGGGGCAGUACUGCGAUGAGAUUUCCGCGCUCUAUCGCGGAGUGUUUAAGGAGGCACGGAUAGAAUACGAUGAUUUCAUCCGCACCACCGAACAGCGACACAAAUCGGCGGUAUCCGAUUUCUGGCACAGACUGCAAUCGCGUGGCCAUAUCUACUCGGCGGCAUACAGCGGCUGGUACUGCGUAUCUGAUGAGACCUUUCUGACUGACUCGCAGCUGCGCUUGGACGAAGCAAGUGGCGCACGCUAUUCCUUAGAGUCUGGCCAUCCCGUCGAGUGGACUGAGGAAACGAACUACAUGUUUCGUUUGUCCCAGUUUCAGGAUGACGUGCGCCACUGGGUAAAGCAGGAAGCACGCAUUCGCCCCGUCAAAUUUGAAAAGAUUUUGCUCGAUACGCUAAGCGAACCGCUGCCCGAUGUGUCCAUCUCCCGGCCAGCGAAUCGUGUGCAUUGGGCUAUACCCGUGCCGAAUGACGAGACGCAAACGGUCUACGUUUGGCUGGAUGCCCUGAUUAACUAUCUCAGCUCCCUGGGCUAUCCCAAUGAACAGUAUCUGGCUCAUUGGCCGCCGGCGCAGCAGGUCAUUGGCAAGGACAUACUGAAAUUCCACGGCGUCUAUUGGCCCGCCUUUCUGUUGGCUGCCGGCCUGGAGCCGCCGCGCCAGCUGCAUGUGCACUCUCACUGGACCGUCGAUGGCCAGAAGAUGUCCAAGAGCAAGCACAAUGUCGUCGAUCCCGUCGAGGCAGCCAAGCAGUAUACGAUGGAGGGCUUGCGCUACUUUCUGCUGCGCGAGGGCGUGGCGCACAGCGAUGGCAAUUUCAGUCACGUGAAGGCGCUGCGCAUUUUAAACUCGGAGCUGGCUGAUACUUUGGGCAAUCUGCUGUCGCGCGCCUGUGCCAAGUCGCUGAACCCGCAUCAAAUGUAUCCGGAGCCGCAUGUGGAGCACUUGUCACAGCUGCUGCAGCACUUGGAUGCUGGCAAGCGGCUGCAGGAGGCGCUGUUCCAUCUGGCUGGGCGCUGCGAGCAGCACUACGAAGGCAAUCACUUCCACUUGGUGGCGGACACGGCCAUCGCGGCACUCCAUGCGGCUAACAAUUUCUUUGAGUGCGCCAAGCCCUGGGAGCUGAAGGCGGGCGGCAGCUCGCCCAACGCACAACGCCUCCAGACAAUCAUCGCUAUGACAAUGGACGCGCUGCGGCUGUGCGGCAUUGUGCUGCAGCCAAUGAUGCCGCAGCUGACCAGCCGCCUGCUCGAUAAGCUGAACGUGCCCAUAGCACAGCGCAGCUGGCGGCAUUUGGGCGAGAGCUUCGCCACUCCGGCCACUCCGGCCACUGUUGGCAACGGGCCCGAGAGCCAUCAGCUGGACGAGCAGAGCAGUGCACUCUUAUUCCAGCGCAUUGUCGAGCAGCAGGAUAAACCGACAGAGCAGCGCACCCAGUCUCCGGCGCAAUCCAAGCGAAGUAAAUCCAAAAGAGAACGAAAGUCAUCAGCAACCAUGUCCUGAGUUAGCCCGGCACGUAGCUGUAAUAAACUGUAGCCCCGCUCGAGUGGUUCAACUCAACUCUUAACUCUC